GAAAAAGUAAGAGAAAGAGUCUCCUUCAACAUCUUCCACAUUCUUCGGUAAUUCCGUUUCUCAAUUCGGCAUGGCCAUCGCUACUCCCGAGCUUUACUACUCGAGAUUAUCGACGUCAUAUUCCCGGCAAUCGUCUCCGUCCAUCAUCGCCCCUCAACGGCGGCGCUUCAUGAGAAUUAAAUCUGUUCUCGGCGUCGAAUCUCCCGCACCUUCCGCGGCCGCUGACCACAACGGUGGAUAUCCCAAACUGUUGCUCGAAGUCAAAGGUCUCUCCGCCGUCAUCUCCAAGUCGAAACAGCCGGUUCUCAAAGGAGUUAACCUAACAGUCCGCGAGGGUGAGGUCCAUGCUUUAAUGGGGCAGAAUGGUUCUGGAAAGAGCACUUUUGCAAAGGUCCUUGUUGGGCAUCCAGAUUACGAAAUAACACAUGGAAGUGUGACAUUUAAAGGAGAGAAUUUGCUUGAAAUGGAUCCAGAGGAAAGGUCUCAAGCUGGUAUUUUCAUGAGCUUCCAGUCCCCAGUUGAGAUUCCAGGUGUUAGUAAUAUAGAUUUCUUGAACAUGGCAUACAAUGCCAAGCAAAAGAAACUUGGACUGGCAGAACUUGGUCCAAUUGAGUUCUAUGGAUACAUUAGCUCAAAGCUUGAACUUGUGAACAUGAAGACUGACUUCUUGAAUAGAAAUGUAAAUGAAGGGUUCAGCGGUGGAGAAAAGAAGCGAAACGAGAUUUUACAACUAGCGGCCCUGGGAGCAGACUUGGCUAUAUUGGAUGAAGUUGAUUCAGGCUUAGAUGUUGAUGCCCUUCGAGAUGUGGCAAAUGCAAUGAAUAAGCUAUUAUCCCCCACAAAUUCGGUUGUGAUGAUUACUCAUUACCUACGAUUGUUGGAGUUUAUUAAGCCAGCCUUCAUCCAUAUCAUGGAGGAUGGUAGAAUUGUGAAGACGGGUGAUAUAUCCAUAGCUGAAGUUCUAGAGAAAGAAGGGUUCAAAGCAAUUUCAAGUGCAUAGUUCACAUCAUACUUUCCAUGUUUUUUAAUAUAUUUCUGAAUGAUGCCUAUUUUUCUUCUUAUUCUUGUUGUAGUAUAAAGAAAAUUGUGUUUAGUGCAAAAUUUAUAUAUUAUACACCCAACACUGUAAUCCAUGUGACAUUUUUGUAUUUUUUGAAGGUAUUAUUCUGGAAAAUACUGUAAUUCCAU